UACAUAAGGUGUAAAGGUCAAGGUGUUAAUCGUUGCAGCAUCCUCAGUUUUCAGUCAUAACAUCAGUUCUGUGUUUAUUUGCGACGUCACUUGUCUUCUAAGUAUGUCUGACUAUAUUGCCCCGGCCACUGCUAUAAUUCUUCCAAACAUCGGAGGAAUAGCUGGAGGUUUUAUUACCAGGGGAAACAUAAAAACAUGGUAUGAGGGCUUAAAACGUCCCUCAUGGCGUCCACCAAACCAAGUCUUUCCACCAGUUUGGACAGCUCUCUACUGUAGUAUGGGCUAUGCCUCUUAUUUGGUGUGGCGUGAUGGGGGCGGGUUUGGUGGUGAUGCUGCCCUACCACUUGCUGCUUAUGGCACCCAGCUGGCUUUAAAUUGGGCCUGGACUCCAAUUUUCUUUGGAGCACACAGUCUUAAAUGGGGUCUGAUAGAAAUAGUGUUCUUGUGGGGUAGUAUUGCUGGAACCACCUACCUGUUCCAUGGCAUCAAUGAAACAGCUUCCUACCUCAUGCUGCCUUACCUGGGAUGGGUCUCAUUUGCAUCUGUCCUAACUUACAGAAUUUGGAGAGACAACCCUGACCCAAAAAAAGAGUAAAGAUAAAAUGUUACAUUUUUGCCUUUUGAUCUUCCAUGCACCAAAAAGAGUAUUGAAUCCCAGAGUUGUUUUGGUCACUGAGUCAAGUAGAUUUUUAUUUUUCUUGUGUUGAAUAGUAAGAAUCUCUUGCAAUUUAUGUUUGACUCCAGCUGUUUGUGCAACAGAAAGUUUUCUAAAUGUUUUGACUUGGAAUUUUACAUUUUUCUACUUGGAAUUUAUUUUAAUUUCUAAAUUGACAUUCUAAUUAAUGUAUCAUAAAAGUGUAAAUGUAAAGUAAUUACUUGUACUGGUAGUUUUAUGAUACAUAGAUAAAUGUAACCUUUUACUGUGCUCUGUAAUAGCCAUAGUUUGAUUAGUAUAUUUAUGUAGUACAAUAAAUUAUACUGCUUUCAUUCUUUAAAAAAAUUAUUCAGUGACACGAUACUGCAGUGUUAAUGUGUAAUUUCAUUCGCAUGAAUAUGUGCUUUCAUUUUUUGCUUUUCCAAUUUGUAUUCCUACAUCUUUACUGUAGACAAUCAAAAUAUAAAAUCUAACCAGCCUCCUACAAUGUAGUUGUCUAGGCCAGGGGUCGGCAACCUGCGGCUCUCCAGCUCAUUGAACAAAUACUAAUAAUCUUAAUAUAAAAAUAAAAUAGUUGAACUUAAAAAAUGUUAGUGGCUCUUUAAAACCAGGGAAAUUUUGAAAAUUGUAACUUUUGGCUCUUCCGCUUCAAAAGGUUGCCGACCCCUGGUCUAGGCAAAUAACAUCUGAAUUACUUUGUCAUCUAAAUUAAAUAUUUACUAGUGCUAAUCAAAUUGAAAUAUUGAACUUAAUUGGAUAAAGGGUAAGAUGUCACAUGUGACUCACUAAUCACAUGGCUACAGUGUAUCUUAUUUUAGUGUAAAAUAGAAGCUCGUUUCUGUUAAUA